AACAUCCCAUAUAUAUUAAUAAAGUUUUUUUUACUUGAGUGUAUAUAACUAACUAUAUAUAUUUAAGCUAAUCCCGACCAACGUACUUUUCAGCAGAAAGAAAAAACAAAACAUAUACAAUAAAAUGGAGAAUGAGAAUGAACAGCCAUUGAUUAUCUCUUCCAGAACAAUCCAAGAAGAAUCUCAAAACACCAUUAACAAAACCAACGAUGCCCUUCCGAUCGACGGAGCCACUGAAUUCUUCAAACAAUUUUGUUACGAAUCAAAGAAGUUAUGGUACUUAGCAGGCCCAGCAGUUUUCACCUCCGUAUGCCGUUACUCCCUCGGCGCCGUCACCCAACUCUUCGCCGGACACGUCAGCACCCUCGCCCUCGCCGCCGUCUCCGUCGAAAACUCCGUCAUCGCCGGCUUCUCCUUCGGCGUCAUGCUUGGAAUGGGAAGCGCCCUUGAAACUCUAUGCGGGCAAGCUUUCGGGGCUGGUCAGAUUGAUAUGUUGGGCGUUUAUCUUCAAAGAUCUUGGGUUAUUCUUUUAACUACUGGAGCUUUAUUGAGCUCUGUUUAUGUAUUUGCUGGGAAACUUUUGAGAUUAAUUGGCCAAACAGAGGAAAUUUCAGAGGCAGCUGGGAGAUUUGCUCUUUGGAUGAUUCCUCAGCUGUUUGCUUACGCUAUGAAUUUUCCUAUAGCUAAGUUUUUACAGGCACAGAGCAAGAUCAUGGUGAUGGCUGUUAUAGCUGCAGUUGCUCUGGUUCUUCACACCUUUUUUAGCUGGCUUUUAAUGUUGAAGCUUGGGUGGGGACUGGUUGGAGCCGCCGUGGUGUUGAAUUUUUCGUGGUGGUUCAUUGUGGUGGCUCAGAUGGUUUAUGUGUUUAGUGGGAGUUGUGGUGGAGCUUGGUCUGGAUUUUCAUGGCUGGCUUUUCAGAAUAUAUGGGGCUUUGUUAGGUUGUCUCUGGCUUCGGCAGUCAUGCUCUGUUUGGAAGUGUGGUACUUUAUGGCACUCAUCCUCUUUGCUGGAUAUCUAAAGAAUGCAAAAGUUUCAGUGGAUGCCCUCUCCAUAUGCAUGAAUAUAUUAGGAUGGACCAUAAUGGUAGCGUUUGGGUUUAACGCAGCAAUAAGUGUGAGAGUUUCAAAUGAGCUAGGAGCAGCUCAUCCAAGAAGAGCAAAGAUAUCAAUGGUGGUGGCAGUAGUAACUUCCUUCAUAUUUGGAUUGGUGCUAUCACUAAUUCUCAUACUCACACGAAAUCAAUAUCCUUCUUUAUUUUCAACUGAUAAUGAUGUUAAAGCUCUUGUGAGGCAACUCACACCUGUCCUAGCCACUUGUAUUAUCAUCAACGACAUUCAACCUGUUUUAUCUGGGGUUGCAAUUGGAGCUGGGUGGCAAGCAGUUGUGGCUUAUGUCAACGUUGCUUGUUACUAUAUUUUUGGAAUCCCAUUGGGCCUCUUAUUGGGCUACAAGCUCGACAUGGGUGUGAGGGGAAUUUGGUAUGGAAUGCUGUCUGGAACAGUGCUCCAAACUUGUAUUCUCUUUUGGAUGGUUUACAAAACCAAUUGGAGCAAAGAGAAGUCAUUAAUGGAGGAUAACAGGAAUCCUCUUCUCCAUAGCUUAGGCGGCGGAGGCCAUGGAAGUAGACCUACCUCUGCUUCUUUCACUUCCUCAUUCAUCGCCGACGUUGACGACAUCCAGCCCAUUAAUGACGUUCCUAGUUUCUUCAAAGAAUUUACUAUCGAAACGAAGAAGCUAUGGUACAUCGCCGGUCCCGCCAUUUUCACCUCCGUUUGUCAAUACUCCCUUGGAGCUAUCACUCAAAUAUUUUCCGGCCAACUCGGCACCCUUGAACUUGCCGCCGUUUCUGUCCAGAAUUUCGUCAUCUCCGGCUUCACUUUUGGAGUAUUGCUCGGAAUGGGUAGCGCAUUGGAAACGCUAUGCGGGCAAGCAUUUGGGGCCGGUCAGCUGAAUAUGUUGGGGAUCUAUAUGCAGAGAUCAUGGAUCGUCUUAUUCGUAACAGGUUUGAUAUUGAGUCUGUUCUACAUAUUUGCAGAGCCGAUUUUGUUACUGAUAGGACAAACGCCGGAGAUUUCGAAGGCGACUGGUCUUUAUUGUCUGUAUGUGCUUCCGGAGAUCUUCGCCUACGCGUUGAACUUUCCGAUUACCAAGUUCUUACAGUCGCAGAGCAAAAUACUGGUCAUGUCGGCAAUUGCGGCGAUUGCUCUGGUUCUCCACACGUUUUUCAGCUGGCUUUUUAUGCUGAAGCUCGGGUGGGGUUUGGUGGGAGCCGCCGUGGUUAUGAACACGUCGUGGUGGUUCAUAGUGGUGGCUCAGUUCAUUUACAUCCUUAGUGGGACUUGUGGUGAAGCUUGGUCUGGUUUUUCAUGGAAGGCUUUUCACAAUCUUUGGGGUUUUGUUAAACUUUCAUUCGCUUCUGCCGUAAUGCUUUGUUUGGAGCUGUGGUAUUUUAUGGUGCUUAUUGUGUUUGCUGGGUAUCUCAAGAACGCACAAGUUUCCGUGGAUGCGAUGUCGAUAUGCAUGAACAUAUUGGACUGGACAAUCAUGGUAUCCGUAGGCGUGAAUGCAGCCAUUAGUGUGAGGGUAUCAAACGAGUUAGGGGCAGCUCACCCAAGAACAGCGAAAUUCUCAGUGGUGGUGGCAGUAAUAACCUCAUUUAUCUGUGGUCUUCUCUUAGCACUUCUCCUCAUGGUCUCACGGAAUCAAUACCCCACCAUAUUUUCCAUUGACACUGAGGUUCAGAAUGUAGUCAAGGAUCUCACACCAGUGCUUGCUUUUUCUAUUGUUAUCAACAACAUUCAACCCACACUCUCUGGGGUUGCCAUUGGAGCUGGUUGGCAAGCUGCAGUGGCUUAUGUGAAUAUUGCUUGCUAUUAUGUGUUUGGAAUCCCUUUGGGCCUAAUAUUAGGCUACAAACUCAACAUGGGUAUCACGGGAAUUUGGUAUGGAAUGUUGGCAGGGACUGUACUACAGACUGCUGUUAUAUUCUGGAUUGUGUAUAGAACCAAUUGGAACAAAGAGGCAUCUUUAGCUGGAGACAGAAUAAAAAAGUGGGGAGGCUAGUUACAGAGCAAUGCAGAUCAAGUGAAAAAGAUAUGACUAUAGGCAGUUUUAUCAAUUUGCUAGGGAGAGUAUUUUAUUAUAUGGGCAGUCUGGCCAAUUUGCUUGAGCCAAUUUUCUGCAACAAUUUUACAAAUGAUUUAAAUGAAAGAAAUGAAAAACAAUCUGUUUCUUAA